AUGCCUGAUCGGGAGUCGGUUGGAGGUCCUGGGACUGCUGGUAGUGGUUUCCUACCACUACAGUUUCCUUCGGCGUUUGCGGCGUUUCACGCUACGUCCCCCCCUGGACCAGCCACCGCGAUGCAUCACGCGACGCACUAUCAUCAUCACGCACAAUUAGCGGCAGCAGCAGCGGCGGCGGCUGGUGCGACCAGUGAGCUGAGCUACCUCGCCGCCCUACACCCCGCCUAUCGCCCCGUGCCCUACGACCAUCCGCUAUAUGGAGCUAAUACUUUACGAGGCUUAGAAUAUUUAAGUGCAGCGAGAAGUCUCCAUCCAGAGCUUCACGCUGGGAGCACGCUUGCAAGUCAGGACUUCCAAUUAAGUUUAGAAGGUUCAAGAAUAGCGUCUCCCAAUCGACUUAGGCUAUCAGGAGGUGCAAUAGGCGCCUCUGCUAAUAGAAAGAGAGCGGUUUCCUGGAGUCCUUAUUCUGCUGAAUCCUUAGAUUUGGCAGCCGUAAUCAGAGCAUCGCCGGCUAGUUUGGCCGUAAGGGCUCCAUCAGCAGCUUCCACUGGCAGCUAUGGACAUCUUAGUGCUGGAGCAAUAUCGCCCGCGUUAUCUCUAUCCCACGCGUCACUCGCCCAACAACUUCUGGCUCGUGGUGGAGUGGUGGGUGGGAGUGGAGUACUCCCUGGUGGAGUGUUACUCGACCCAGCUCAUCAACAAGCAGCAGCCGCCGCUGCACAUCAUGCUGCGCAUGCGCAUCUUGUUGCUGGUAUUCAUAGAUCUCAUAUUUCGUCACCAACACAAUUGUUGAUUGGGACCCCAGUGGACGUCAGACCUGGACUUGGUCUGGAUGGAACACCUCCUCAGCACAUGCAGCAGCCACCACAACAACCCGAAAUCACUAGUGUAAUGGAAGCUGAUAGUGCAUCAAACGUUCUUACCCAACGGAAGUCCCCACAAGGGUUGUCACAUCGGGACAGCAUGCACAGUAACAAACCCUUAUCAGCAGCAGCAGAGAGUACAGUACACGACGGCUUAGACUCUAAGGAUGAACCCGGAGAUUUUAUCGAAACUAAUUGCCAUUGGGUUGACUGUAAACUCGAAUUCCCAACACAAGAUGAUUUGGUGAAGCAUAUCAACACCGACCACAUUCACGCCAGUAAAAAAGCGUUUGUUUGCCGUUGGGUAGGAUGUUCAAGAGAUGAAAAGCCGUUUAAAGCUCAAUACAUGUUGGUGGUACACAUGCGUAGGCAUACUGGGGAAAAACCUCAUAAAUGUACCUUUGAAGGUUGUUGUAAAGCGUAUUCGAGAUUAGAAAACCUGAAGACCCAUUUACGAAGUCAUACUGGGGAGAAGCCGUAUACUUGUGAAUAUCCUGGCUGUGCGAAAGCCUUUUCUAAUGCAAGUGACAGAGCCAAGCAUCAGAAUAGAACUCAUAGUAAUGAGAAACCAUAUGUGUGCAAAGCUCCGGGAUGUACGAAGCGAUAUACUGACCCGUCGUCCCUUAGAAAGCAUGUUAAAACAGUCCAUGGGGCUGAGUUCUACGCUAGUAAGAAACAUAAGGGUUGUAGUCGAGGAGACGAUUCAGCAGAAUCUGGUGGUGGAGGUGCUGGAUCUUCUCCCAGAUCAGAAGAAGGAGGAGUACCUAUUGGAGUUAGAGGUCAUACAUCCUCAGCAUCAGUCAAGAGCGAGAGUCCUGCUUCUCCAUUACCCCAUGGUCUUCAUACUCCUGCUCAUCAGCUUUCAGCGCAAUGUGGUGGGGAUUUGGAUUUCGGCGGCUCAGGCCUUGGUGGCUUCAGCGAUGAAAAUGGCGCUCCUUACUUUAGGCUCGAUGGCGAGGUUGAACAAGAAGUAGUGGGUGAAGUAGGUCAACUUCCUCUAAUGUUGCGAGCAAUGGUAGCUAUAGGAGAGCCCAGAGCCCACCACCACGCGCCCCGCUUUGGUAACAAGAUGGGUGUAGGAAGAUUGAUGCCGCCGAUACAUGGUGCUGAUAUAGGAGGUGUAAUGCCAGGUAGAACAGAACUUGGUGGUACAAACGUUACGGUGGAGUUAAAGUCUGGGCCCUCGAACGCGAGGCGAGAUUCUGGCAUUUCAUCUGGCAGCAGCUUAUAUAGUGCAAGAUCUUCAGAUAUUUCUCGUAAAAGCAGUCAAGCAUCAGUAGUAUCAGGCGCGGUGGCAACAACUACAGGCGUCGCCGGGCCGCAGAGACUAAUAUCACAGCACACCAACGUGUACGAUCAGUUAUCUCCUGAUAGUAGUCGAAGAUCUAGUCAAGUGUCAUGCGUUGGGUAUGCGCCACCGCCUUCUUCAGCUUUAGCAGCUGUCCAGGCUGUGAGGACCUCACAAGGCAACCAGGCUGUACUUCUUCGUGGUGUCACCUGCUCAGAAGUGAGAGCAGAAGAGUUAGCCUUAGAGCUUGAUCCAAAUGUUCAAAUAAAAGAAGAAGCUAGAAGAUUAUCAGAGCAGUCUAAUCUCAGUGAUCAAGCCCAAGGCUAUCAACCUUACCCUUGCAAUAAUGAUGAUGUGGGUGAUGCUCCAUUCCCAUUUAAAACUGAAGAUGAUCAUGAGGUGAACUAUAAGGAGUCUCGUUCAAACUCCACAAAUACUGUGGUCAUCACUACGGCUCAAGUUCACCAUCCAAAUCAGGAAGUCAACCUUGAACAGGUUGCUGAGGGAGAAAUGGUGGAGAACAAGCUGGUGAUACCAGAUGAAAUGAUGCAAUAUCUUAACCAAUCAAUAUUGGGAACUGAUCCGGUAGCACCAGCCAAAACUGAUUCCGCCAAUCCCGAACCUGAAGGAAAAAGCAACGAGAAUGACAACACAACCAAAGACAUUAUAAACAAUGAUAUUCAAAACACGAACAAUUCCAGUGAUAAAAUCAGUGAUGUCGCCACUAGUGAUGACUCUCUUCUUAAAAAUCUAGGUGCCAUAGGUAGUGAUCUCAAUAUAAGUGAUAUCCAAGUCGAUUUAAGGUCAUUAGACGUUAGUAUGUCCGGUAACAGUGGCUCUCUUUUAGUUGCUAAGUCCCCCAAUGAGAAGUGUCCUCCUCUACAAGAACAAGUGAUUCCCGAAGUUGCAAUAGAAAAAUGCGAACAAGAAUAUGCAAAACCUCCUACGAGUAAUGUUUCUACAAAUAAUCCGUUGCAGUCAUUACAAACUAUGGCUGCUAAUCAAACUGAACAAUCUAAUAGAAUGAGAAUCAAUAAUCCACUACCUCAAAAGCCCGCCAUGAGCCCUAAAACUGUUGUAAUGACCCCACAAACAGUUAUGAGUCCAAAUUUAGCGCAUAGUAUGCUAAGUCCUCAGAGUCUUCCACAUAGUUCUAUGAGUCCUCAAAGUGUUAGGAGUCCGCAGCAUAUGCCACAUGGCAUUAUGAGUCCCCCUAGUGUAUAUUACGUCAUGAGUCCACAAAGUGUCAUGAGUGUUAUGUCACCACAGCACAACGCUAUGAGUCCACAAAGUAUGCAAAGUUUAACGAGUCCUCAAAUGCCUAACCAAAUAAUUAUGAGUCCCCGUCACAAUAAUAUUGGAAGCCCGAUGUCUCAAAACAUUGCUAGUCCCAUGAUGAAUAUGGCAAGCCCUAUGGCUCAAAAUAUCGCUAGUCCAAUGAGCCAUGGAAUGGCUAGCCCAAUGCAUCCUGGAUUACAAAGUCCUGUUACGAGUCCUAUGGUGCAAAAUAUGACGAACAUGACUAUGAAUGUUCAACCAGUUCAGAAUCAGAAUAAUAUGAUGAUGAAUCCACCUGCACUGGCAGCCUCACCAUAUAAUAACCGUCAAAACUGUAACAAUAAAAUACCUAAUAAAAACUAUAAUAAUGUUCCUAAUCAAUACCAAAACCAAAACUAUAAUCAAGCACCGCCUUACUCAACGCAAAACCAAAACUUUAAUAUGAGAAAUCAAAAUAUGCAGCAAUAUCCUAUGAUGUCGCAUUUCAAUCAAAAUCAGCUGCAAAUUUCAAUGAUGCCAGCGAAUCAUCAGAAUAUGGUAUAUAACAACCAGAUGAAUUACGUGCCACAGCCUGUGAAUUAUACGAACCAAAGCAAUCAGAUGCAUCCAAUGCAAAUGUCUAGAUCUUCUAUGAUGAGUGUUGAUAAUAGUGGCAAUAUGAAUCGUGGUGCGCUAAACAGUUAUUGUGAACAACAAAACACUUGUCAACCUCCAGUUCAAAAUGCACCAUAUAACCAAAAUAUACAAUAUCCUCAAUCCCCUCCGUAUAACUCCGUAGCAAAUGUAUCUAACGUAAUGGGACCGCCACCACCGAAGAAUAAUCACCAAUAUAAUCAAGCCAUGAUGAACAAUAACCAAUAUUAUAAUCAACAACGUUCUUACAACCAGUGGGACUAUCCAGGAAACCAAUUCAAUAAACAUAAUAUGCAGAAAUCAGUCCAGAACUCCGUAAACAUGUCUACUGGCAGUCAAAAACCUAAUGGCACAAGAAUGUCAAUAAAUUGUAAUCAAAUUAUGAAAAAUGCAGGGGAACAACAGACUGACUGUAGCAUGAACAGUUUGAGGAGUCAAAAUAACCAAGCGGAUGUUCAAGUAUGGGAUAUAUCCCAAUCUCAAAUAGAGGCUACGAAUGGAAGAAAGAAGAACCAGAACACAAUGCGGCAAGAAACCUACCAGAGGACGUUGGAAUAUGUAGAGAACUGUGAAAACUGGAAGAGUUCAGAGAUGGUUUCCAGCAGCACACAUCCUCUCCAAGGCGGAGACAACAUGGUUGUGAACGAUCUCCAAACUUCCUUAUCUUCGUUUUAUGAAGAAAACCAAUAUUUGCAAAUGAUACAA